UGACAAUUUGACCUCUGAUUUGGCUCGCAUGCAAAUUUUGAUGUUGAAAGAGCGACCACGUGAAUUUACUAUGUAAAUAACAACAAUAGCACAUGUCUUUCCUAGAAUAAGGAGAUGGCCUGAUUACCAAGGCGAAUUGACUAAAAAGUGAUCAGGACUCGGUUGGAACGAAAAAACCAUGCAGCCAACACGACCCCACAAAUACGUGACUUGUGUUGUUCAGGCUUUGUGCCGUGGUGGUGACAUUUCAAGCAGCAGUGGUCUUCUAUUUGAUCAUGAAGGUGGUGUUGUACUGACUCAUUCAACGUUCCUUCUGCCACAUCUUAGCCGCAGUAAUCUGACAAUGUCGACCAAGAGUUUAGAAGAUGAGUUAUCUUUCUCAGUCAUACUUGAGAAAUUUCAAGUUCAUCCCCUGCCAGAUGAAUCAAGAGAAAAACAAAGUGUAGCGAGAAGAACUCUCUUAUCUCUGAAAGCAAAGUUUGUUGGGUCAUUUCGGUGUGAAAAGUUUGGAGAUGAUCUGUUGGAAAUGAUGCCCCAGAAUCAAGGGUGGAAGUUUGCGGAGACACCUCACACCACAGAUGACAAGGAGAGUUCGAAAACUAAAAGCGGACUCCCUCAAGAUGAAUCGGAAAGCUUCUUCUUUCAUAUGCUCCAAGAAUUUGUCAUUUUACAAAUCGAAGAUUUCAAAUUGCAUGAAAAUGAUGUUAUAUAUAGAAAAUUGGCUCUUUUGACACCUUCGGACUUGGCAGUGGGGGACAAUCUGUAUGUCUUGGGAACCCCAUUUGGGGAUUCCAGUCCUCAUAUAUUCAUGAACUCAGUCAGUAAAGGGAUUCUUUCUAUCUUUGGAAGUAAGGGUGCAUUGUUGUUAACAGAUGCCCGCUGUAUACCAGGGGAGGAAGGAGGAAUCGUCUUGACUGAUGUCAUAGAAUCUGACGACUUGAAUCAAAGAUGCAUCAUUGGAAUGGUGGUUGCUCCACUUUGCUGGAAAGCUGGCGAAUUGGUCGGUCUAUCCCUGGUCUGUAAUAUCAUCUCCCUCCUCUCUUCUUUGGUGAAAAACUUUCCAGAAUAUAAGGAAAGAUGUUCCAAUGCUCUUGCAGACAGAUUUCCCCGACAAUAUUCCAUGACAUGCAUUCCAAGCGCUGUAAGAACAAGCUGUGUUUUAGUGAGGUGUUCCAUCCAUUGGGGAAGCGGAGUUCUUCUUGACGCCAGGACUGUCCUUACUUGUUCUCAUGUUGUCCAAGGCAGCAAGACUGUCAUUGUUCAUAUUGAUGGGAAGAUUGUGCGAGGGCGAACUAUAUACGCGACACCUACUGGUGACCCGUUUGACGUAGCGGUGGUAUCACUGGAUCUUGGUCUGCGAGGUGGUUACGGACGGCUCACAUUUGCUGAAUCAUUGAUUGAAGGAGAGGACGUCUUCAGCAUUGGUUAUCCUCUUUUUGAUGAAAGAUGUUCAGAUACUCCAACAAUCACCAAAGGCAUUGUGUCGAAAGUUAAUUGUGUGGAUGGCUUGGCUGUGAUGAUCCAGACGGACUGUGUGAUCAACCAAGGUGCCAGUGGUGGUUUGCUCAUCAACUCAGCCGGUGAAAUAAUGGGAAUCGUUGCUUGUAACUGCAGGGACACAGAGAUGAAGGCUUCGUACCCACACGUUAACCUUGCUAUCCCGACAAUGGCUAUCAUGCCUACCGUGAAAGAAUAUCUGAGAACCAGAGAUGUAGGGGUCCUCGUCAACUUGCAUGUCUCCUCUCCAGCUGUUCGAAGACUAUGGUCUGUAGACUUGGUUGAGCAAAAAGAUUUGAAAAGCAAGUUGUGAUUGUAGCUCAAGCCAGGAGGGACAGUGGUCGAUGUUUCCCCAUCUGUGGUUAUACCAGACUUAAACCUCCAUGGGAAUAUGAGAUUGUGAUUGACUGCUGCUCACCACUUUUCGAUUUACAAGUCGGAACGUGAGAGCAAGGGCUAGCACUGUAAAAGUUGUUACCAAAGCCACUUUGAUCUCGCCGGAGUUCCACAGUUACUUCAGUCUCCUUGCUAGAGUAUAGGAGUGGGCUAGUAAUUCAUUUCAGAGAUGCAAAUUUCUAUAUGUAAAGGUGCUAAUGUCUUUAUCUUGGUUUAUCCAUGUAUAUUUCUGGUGACGAACAAAUAAUA